AUGGCCGCCAACAGCGAAGGUCAGCCUCCACUGCAUCCCCACCUCCGGCGCGACAAGGAUGGCACUCGUCUCAUUGUCAAGGGCAAACCCUUUCUUAUGCUCGCCGGUGAGCUGCACAACUCCUCUCUCAGCUCGGCUCGCUACAUGGCCGACGUAUGGCCGGCUAUGAAGAAACAGGGCAUCAACACCCUGCUCGGCUCCGUCUCCUGGGAACAGAUCGAGCCCAUCGAGGGGGUGUUUGACUUCUCUGAGCUAGACAAGGUCAUACUCGGCGCGCGGGAACAUGAUAUACACCUCGUGCUCUUGUGGUUUGGGGCGUACAAGAACGCUUCCAGCAUAUACGCCCCCCCGUGGGUAAAGCAGGACUCGAAGCGUUUUCCGCGGGCACGGAGUAUUAAAGCAGGCGGCGGCCGAAAUAUUCUCGAUGUUGUAACGCCCUUCUCUAAGGAGUGUAUGGAGGCGGACGCAAAGGCGUUCGGCGUGCUGUUGGCCCACCUGAGAGUCUUCGAUAUAGACCACUCUACAGUGGUCAUGAUCCAGGUUGAAAACGAGCCGGGAAUCCUCGGUGACUCAAGGGAUAGGUCUUCGCUAGCUGAAGCGGCGUUUAGGGAUCCUGUUCCGGAAACCCUACUCCAUCACCUAGCCGACAACCAACAUCCGCAAUUUACGAAGCGGUUUUCCAAUGUUCCUCAAGGCGGACGACACUCAUGGGAAGAGGCCUUUGGACCCGGAGAGGCUGCUGAUGAAGUCUUUAUGGCGUUCCACUUUUCCCGCUACUUCGAAAAGGUCGCCGCGUCGGGUAAGGCCGCCUACCCGAUUCCCCUCUACGCCAACGCCUGGCUCAACCUCGACAACCUCGAUGCCGUAGAUAGCUCCCACGCUCCGUUCGUGGUAUCUACCGCCGUCGUGGCCGGCGGUUCCGGGCCGGGCAAGUACCCUUCCGGUGGACCCUGCGCUCACGUGCUCGACGUCUGGCGAUUUGGAGCGCCCUCAUUGGACUUAAUUGCGCCAGACCUAUACUUUCACGACUACGAGAUGGUCUGUAAGGAUUAUACCGAUAAGGGAAACCCGCUCUUUAUCCCUGAACAGAGACGUGACGAGCACGGUGCUCGCAGGGUAUGGCUGGCCUAUGGAACGUAUGGUGCGCUAGGGGUCAGCCCGUUCGGCAUUGAUACCGGGCCGGAAGCCGUUGGCAGGGAGUACAGGUUGCUGAGCCAAGUCAAGGAUUUUGUCUUGGGUGCUCCUCCCGCCGAACGCUUCGGGUUCUUCUUUGACGGCGUGCUGGAUCCCUCGAUUGUUGAAAAGCCAUGGACUAGGAUAUUCGGAGAAAUUCAAGUCACGGUUGAGCGAGCAUUUGUCUUUGGUAAACAGGGCCCUGGUGGAGGCAUGAUCAUCAGAUUGGCCGAUCAUAAGUUCCUCCUCGUCGGAUACGGAUUCCAGGCUAGCUUCAAGAGUGUGAAAAAGGGGUGUACUUUUACGGGUAUCCUAAGCGCCAAGGAACUGGAAGUUACUGGAGACGGCAAUUUCCGUCAGCUGCGCGUAUUUAAUGGCGAUGAGACGAGAGGCGGCAUAUCUCUGGUCAUGCCGAACGAAGAGCCCGACUACGGGGAUGUCCCCAUUGCGACUUCCAUACCAUCUCGCACCGCUAUUGCUGAGAUAGAGGUGUAUACACUAUUCGAGGAAUCUUGA